UUCAUGCAAUUCUCGCCUUCCCAUCAUCCGUUUACGUCUCCUUUGCAACAAACGCAAAUCCUUUCACUCUUUUCUUGUUUUUAUUUUCCUCAGAAAACAUUUUCCGUCUAAAUCUCUCACACUCUUUCCCUCUAACCCUAGAAAACCUUUUCCUCCACCCCUCAGAUCUGCAUGGUUGGGUCAGUACAAACCGUUUGAUCUUGUUCCCCGCCUCGAUCAUCACGGACCAAACCAAUUCCGGCCGUUCGAUCAAUAUCCUUCUGAGGUAUAGGCGUGGGGAUUUCCAAGCCUUGUAGGGUUACGCGUAGGGGUCUCUCCGGUCUCAAUAGAUCUUUUACUGCUUCCUUUUGGGGGGGUAGCCGGGGCCUCGGCCUCGGCGGGUUUUAAAGCCCCCACUUUCACAAACCAUUCACAAAAAACCCAUUUUUUGUUACCCUAACCAAACACAGACUAAAAAAAAAAAAAGAAAUUCUUUUUUUUUCUUUUUUCUUUUUUAAGAAAGAAUUCAAAAUUCCAAACAGAGAAGAAGAAAUCUAGAUGCCGGCCAUGGCGUGUUGCGUAGACCCUGCUGCAGCUAAUUUUCCUCCUGCCUACGCUACCGCCGCCGCCGGGCCGGGUUCUUUAACCGGAUUGCUGAUCCCGCCGCCGACGAGCCACGUGGAGGCGUGUCAUUGGUCGCCCACUUGUUCUUCCGAGCUCUACAAGGUUGACGGUUGGGGCGCUCCGUAUUUCGCGGUGAAUGGAUCCGGCAACAUCUCUGUUCGUCCCCACGGUGCUUCCACACUGCCGCACCAGGAGAUCGAUUUGCUGAAGAUCGUGAAGAAGGUCUCGGAUCCGAAAUCCUCGGGCGGGCUCGGGUUGCAGCUUCCUUUGAUUGUUCGGUUGCCCGACGUGUUGAAGAACCGGCUCGAGUCGCUUCAGGCGGCUUUCGAAUACGCGGUCCAGUCUCAGGGCUAUGAGGCUCAUUACCAAGGUGUGUACCCGGUGAAAUGUAACCAGGACCGGUUCGUUGUGGAGGAUAUUGUGAAAUUCGGGUCUCCAUUUCGGUUCGGGUUGGAGGCCGGGUCGAAACCGGAGCUCCUCUUGGCGAUGAGCUGUUUGUGCAAAGGUAACCCUGAGGCUCUUCUGGUUUGCAAUGGAUUCAAGGACGCGGAGUACAUUUCGCUUGCUUUGGUGGCGAGGAAGCUCGCUUUGAACACUGUGAUUGUGCUUGAGCAAGAGGAGGAGCUCGAUUUGGUGGUUGAUUUGAGCAAGAGGCUCUCUGUGAAACCUAUAAUUGGUGUGAGAGCGAAGCUGAGGACCAAGCAUUCCGGCCAUUUCGGGUCAACCUCAGGUGAGAAAGGAAAAUUCGGGUUAACAACGACUCAGAUUCUUCGCGUGGUGAAGAAGCUUGAACAAGCUGGUAUGAUUGACUGUCUCCAAUUGCUGCAUUUCCAUAUCGGCUCUCAGAUUCCGUCAACGGCGUUGCUCGCCGACGGAGUCGGCGAAGCCGCUCAGAUCUACUGUGAGCUAGUCCGACUCGGAGCUCAAAUGCGAGUCAUCGACAUUGGAGGCGGUCUCGGAAUCGAUUACGACGGAUCCAAAUCAACCGAGUCGGAUAUCUCCGUCGGUUACACUCUCGGAGAGUACGCCGCGGCGGUGGUCCAAGCAAUUCGCUUCGUCUGUGACCGGAGGUCCAUCAAGCACCCUAUCAUUUGCAGCGAGAGCGGCCGAGCCAUUGUCUCUCACCACUCGGUGCUCAUAUUCGAAGCCGUUUCAGCAAGCGUGUACGAAUCUCCAACCAUGUCCUCGCUAGGGUUUCAGUACUUCGUCGACUCGCUCCCCGACGAAGCUCACGCCGAUUACAUGAACUUGUAUUCGGCGGCGAUCAGAGGCGACUCGGAGACCUGUUUGAUCUACGCCGAUCAGUUGAAGCAACGCUACGUUGAUCAGUUCAAAGAAGGCUCCUUGGGGAUUGAACAGCUGGCAGCCGUUGAUGGACUCUGCGAUGUCAUAUCAAAAUCAAUCGGAGCCCCUGAUCCUGUCCGUACAUACCAUGUGAAUCUCUCAGUGUUCACCUCGAUCCCAGAUUUCUGGGGCAUUGGCCAGCUUUUCCCAAUAGUUCCAAUCCACCGUUUGGAGCAGAAACCAAGUGUUAAGGGAAUUCUAUCUGAUUUGACAUGUGACAGUGAUGGCAAGAUUGACAAGUUCAUCGGCGGCGAGUCGAGCUUGCCGCUACAUGAGCUCGAAGGCGAUGGCGGUACCGGUACCGGAAAGUACUAUUUAGGAAUGUUCUUGGGUGGGGCUUAUGAGGAGGCACUCGGAGGACUCCACAACUUGUUCGGCGGCCCGAGCGUGGUUCGGGUGUCGCAGAGCGACGGGCCGCACAGCUUCGCGGUGACCCGGGCCGUCCCGGGGCCGUCGUGCGGGGAUGUUCUCCGGGUGAUGCAGCACGAACCCGAACUCAUGUUCGAGACACUGAAGCACCGCGCUGAGGAAUGUUGCAAUGACAGUGGAAAUGGAAUUGGAAUGAGUGCUUUGGCUAAUAGCCUUGCCAAGUCAUUUCGCAACAUGCCUUACUUGGUGGCGAAUACAGUUGCCUCUUCUUCUUGCAGCUUGACUGCUGCUACUAUGAACAACAAUGGGUUUUACUAUUGCAAUGAAGAUGAUGAGUACAAUGCAGCUGCUGAUUCAGCUACUACUGCUGGUGAGGAUGAGUGGUCCUAUUGCUAUGCUUGAAUUGAAUUCAACUUUUUUUUUUUUUUUUUUAAUUUUUAAUUUUUAGUUUUUGUUGUUUAAAUUUUCAUGAAGAGCAAAGGAUGUAUAACAAAACAGUAGAUUGAUCCUUUGUGUUUUAGUGGUUAUUAUGAGAGAAUGGGAACCGAAUCCACCCUUUUGUAAAUUCGGGAUCUUUAUUCCCUCUCUAAAUUUAAUGUCUCUUUUACUUA